CCGUGCACCACCACCACCGCACAUCUGAAGCAGGCCAAGAAACCUCUCCCCGUCGCUGCAACGACAACUGAUCACACGGGAAGACUCCACACCAGUAGUAUCAAUGGCCCCCGCCGAGAGAUCCUGGCACCUCGGACGCUUCCCCGCGGACGAGGUGGCCCCGACGGAGACCCUCCACGUCAUGCGCCUGCAGCGGCUCCGCCUCCGCCGCGCGGCGGAGGGAUGCCUCGACCCCAUCACCGAGGAGGACGACUACGCUGGCACCAGCAGCAGAAGCAGCACCCAAGACGACGACCUCGUCCUCGCAGGCUCACCCAGCGCACACAACAGCUGCAGCAGUACCACCGUCGACCUUGCCCAAAGUCGCCGCUGAUAAGCCAGAUCAAAAUUUUUUUUUUGACGAAAAUGCUGUCACCGCAGCUUUUCAUUGAAAAUGUGGGGGUGUGGGGGAACAACAUACAGAGAAGUUACAAGAGCAUCAAAGGAGAGGCCUAAGAUGCCAAUCACCAUUAACUACCGCUAGUACUACCCCCUAGUCAGGUUCUCUAGGUCUAAACAUCAACAAGCUAGCCCUGCGGCGACCUGCAGUAUGCCAAGUUCUUGAUUCCUCCAUCAUCCUUUCCAGCACUGCUGAAACAUUCGACGAUUGAUUUUUGAAAAUUCUGGCAUUGCGCUCGUUCCAUAUAGUCCACCAAGCCAGAUCAAUUAGACAUAGGGUUUAGCAGGACUAGCGAGUCGACCUCCUCUGUCGCUGUGGUCUGUGUCUGUGCUCCGGUACGGUUCAUGCAUGCGUGCGUGCUGUAAUUAGUCCAUGUCCAUCCAUGAAUUGAUGAUGCGAGCUGCUUAAUUUGAUGCCGAA